UUCUCUUUCUCCACGUCCAGAUACUGAGCAUUUUUGAGAGCACGAUUUACGACAGUGUGACGCGUUUACGGCAUCUCUGUUGUUAAUUACAGCGACGCGUGUAAACAAGCAAACUCGGCGUGUCUUUCUGCUCUGACAGCGGGAAUAUCACCCAGCGAGUGACAAUGCUUCUCCAAAAUCGAGCUGUCUUUACACUUGGCCUUCGCAUGUGCUCCACACAUGUGACGAAAGGACCGCUGAUUGACACAGCAAGACCCAGUUCAGAUAUGUCUGAAUUCCGCAAGGCCUUUGCUCAAGCCAAGCACAUAGCAAUCAUCACAGGGGCUGGUGUGAGUGCAGAGAGUGGCGUACCAACCUUUAGGGGCGAAAAUGAGAAGUGGAGGAAAUGGCAGUCUCAGGACCUAGCAACUCCAGAGGCCUUUUCUCGCUACCCAUCUCGGGUUUGGGAGUUCUACCAUUACAGAAGGGAGCUUGUGUUGAACAAGAAGCCCAGCGCCGCCCAUUUGGCUAUAGCAGAGUGUGAGGCCCGGCUGAAGAAGCAGGGACGCUCAGUGGUUGUUAUCACCCAGUGUAUAGACGACCUGCAUCGACAGGCUGGGUCCAAACACGUGCUCAAGAUUCACGGCAAUCUGAUGGAGACACGCUGUGUGAGUUGUGGGGAAGUGACUGUGAACAGGCGAAGCCCGAUAUGCGCGGCCUUAAAGGGUAAAGGCGCACCUGGCCCAGAUGUUGCUGAUGCCAAAAUUUCAGUGGACAAACUGCCAAGGUGUGAUGAAAGAGACUGCCAUGGUCUGUUGAGGCCCAAUGUAGUGUUUUUCGGGGAGACUCUGGACUCUCACAUCCUGACCAACGUGGAAAAAGAAAUGGAAAUCUGUGAUCUCUGCCUGGUGGUGGGCACAUCUUCCAUUGUUUACCCAGCAGCCAUGUUUGGGCCCCGGGUUGCUUCCAGAGGCGUUCCAGUGGCAGAGUUUAAUACAAAUACAACACCAAAAACAGAAUAUUUCACGUACCAUUUCCAGGGUCCAUGUGGAACAACGCUGCCUGCAGCUUUGGCACAACAUGAGUCAGAAGUUUUCUAAGAGCAAACAGACUGGGGUUUUUUUGUUGUUGUUGUUUUUUUGUUUUUUUUUUUUUUUUUAAAAAACAUCAAUCAGUAGCUUCUUCCACAGUCUAAUACAAUCCAAAGUUGUGGGAUUUCACAACAGUUUCCCAAAUCUUUGUCUUAUAAUAUUAAAUUGUUAAUGCUUGGUAGAGGUUAAACCUGUAAAUAAUUUAGCUUUGCAAAAAUUCCAAGAUGGAUCUGUUAAUACUUGAAAAUGUAGGUAACUAACUGGAAUCAUACUGGGUUAAGAUUUUGUGUGUUGUACAAACUUGCUGCUUAGAAUUAAGCAGGAACUAUGCAGCUUGAGAAAAGAAAGGGAAAGCACUAUGUAUGUAGUUCUUUGCAUAGGAAAAUACCUCCCUAGAUAUGACAGGAUAUUGAUUCAUAGUACAUGCUGGUAGCAGGUUGUUAUAUUUUAGAAAUACUGUGCUCUAAAAUGAUGCUGUAGAACAGAACAACAUAUUGCUUCUGGUGCCAGUGGAAAACAUUCCUCUUUUCUUUUUCCACCAAAUGAGCAGAUGUACAGACAGUAACAUAAUCUUGUGCCUUUCCAAGCUGUUUACACAACCUUGACUAAACGCUUGCUUUAAACCUCAAGUACAAAUCGACUAAUGUUACAGAGAUUUGGUCGAGUGUACGGAGGUUGCUGUUGGCCAACGACAGAGAUGGUAGAGACGGAAAAUUCAACUUAGUUUGAAUCGGCAUCAAUUACUUCUCAUGCCGUUUGACCGUGUUUAUUGACAUUGUUCUAGAGACGUGUCAUUCAUGACACAUUUGGUACAUUUUUGUACUUUUCAGUGUCUGUUCAGUCCAAGAAAAAAUGUAAGUGUUCAACCUCAACAUGGAACUUGUCUAAAAUUUAAACCAAUUGUUUAAAAUCGUUUUUUUUCUACUGGCUUCUCUGUCCACAAGUGUUACGCACAAUUUUGUAAAAUGUAUUCUAUUAAAACUUCAAUGCAUUUAUACAGAACAUAAUCAUUAAAACACUAAACUGAUA